AUGGUACAUGUUUGCAUAUCUUCUAAGAUUACUUUUGAAGUUGAAUGGAAAUUUGUUUUAAUUUGCAGAAAACAAAAGAAAUAAGUUUAUGAAAUGGAGUCUAAUAAUAACUAUAAAUAUGGUAUUAAAUCCACUUUUUCUCAAUGUUUAGCGUUAGUUGGAGCUGGAUUCUUACAAGUCGGAGUCGGAACACAACUGAUCUGUUCGACAGUAAUCAUAGGAGCAUUAUCGGACAAUUCAAAUGAAAAUGAAUGGCUAACCAUGAAUAUUGAGCAGAUGUCUUGGUUCGGAAGUCUGCUGUAUCUGUGCACACCUCUGGGCAGCGUAAUCUCAUCGCUGGUGCUGAAUCGACUCGGUCACAAAAACUGCAUGAUAAUCACCAAUAUACCGUUCUUGGUGUCUCAGAUCAUGUUUUUCUACGCAGAAAAUGUAGAGACCAUGUACGCGUGCUCGAUAAUAAUGGGUUUGGGCGUAGGAUUUUCAGGCGGCCCGUUUUCCGCAUACAUUGGCGAAGUGUGCGAACCAAAGCUCAGGGGUGCCCUGAUGUCGGCGACGAACGUGUUCUUCUUCGGUGGUUCGCUGCUGUUCACCACCAUUUACGCGAUCACCAGACAGUGGAGAUUGACCGUACUCGCCAACAUGGCGAUACCGAUCAUUACUAUUGUGAUUUUGUGCAUGAGUCCAGAUUCUCCGUUGUGGUUACUGUCCAAGGGCAAGAACGAAAAAGCGCAACGGACGCUUGGCAAGUUACGGGGAUGGGUGACACACGAUAAGUGUUCAAACGAAUUUCAUGAAAUGGUAGUGUUCAUGUCUGCGAAUAAAAACUCGUCAAAUGACAAAAACGGCAAAAAUGAUUCGGAAUGUUCUUGGAAACAACUGUUUCAGCCUGACGUACUUAAACCUUUUCGACUACUGCUCAUAUACUUCUUUUUUUCAAAUUUAUUAUCUGGAGUACCGUUCGGGCCGUAUCUGGUAGUAGUAUUAUUAACUUUCGGCGCCAACGUUGACGUUCAAUGGACCGUAGCUUUUUCGUUGGGUAUAGCUAUAGUUGGAGGCAUAUUAACCAUUUUCUUGGUGAACAGACUUGGAAAACGAUUUCUCACUUUAACGACGUUGUCAAUUUGUUCUAUUUGUUAUAUAUCAAUCGGAUUGAUUGGUGUCUAUUGGACGGAUACAAAUCAAAUAAAAUCUUGGUUAUUACUAAUAUCUUUCUUUAUUAGUACGUUCGUGGCAUCAUUCGGUAUAAUGCCAAUCGGAUGGAUACUUCUUACUGAAAUAUUCCCCAUGAAGAGUAGAAACAUAACCUGUAGUAUUUGUUCGACGCUGUCUUUCAUUCUCACUUUUUUCAUGACCAAGUAUUACCCAAAUGUCGUUGAUUUAGUGGAUUUCUACAAUACGUUUACUAUAUUCGGAUUUGGAGGUUUGAUCGGUUGUGUUUAUUUCUAUUUUUGUCUACCUGAAACCGAAAACAAAACAUUGCAAGAAAUAUCAGAGUGCUUCAAAUAAAUUAAAAAAAUAUAAUUUUGAGUAAAAAUUAUUGAAGAAGACGACCGUAAUAAUAUAUUGUGAAGUAAAUAUUGAAACGUAGGUUGUAAACCUAAUAUUUUUUUAUCGGAUGUAUGUAAAUAAUACAAACAUAAAUUAACCAUCUAAGAAUAACAUCAUAUUAUUCCUAGUGAACUAAUCACCAAUAUGUGAUGGUGUAUUGGCGCUUAACACAUGUAGUUACUCAAUAUUUUUGUAAUUGUUCUAACUAUUAGAUAUUAAUAUAAUUAGUACUAUUACAUUUUUCUAAUAAUUCUAAUUUUAUAAUUGUUCCUUGAUAUUAUCAUAUUAUGUUAUAUUUUAUUUCCUAUAUAUUAUUUUAAAAUUAAAAUAUUCAAUGACAAAAGUUUAAAAAUAUUUUAUCUUAUUAAUAAUUGAAAUACCUCGGACUUAUCACUUAUAAAUUUAUAAUUAUCGGAGUUUUAACUUUUCUCGAUUUAUUCUGGAUAUAUU